AUUAAAAAAUUCUUUGUGGGGUUCUCAACUUCUCAUUCCCUUGAUUCUUUGCAUUCUCUAAGAAUGUUAAUUUGAAUUUGUGGGUAUGAAAUUCUUCAUCUUUGUUAUUAAAAAAACACCUUAUAUGUAUAAUUAUCAUUUCCCUGAGGUUUCUGAAUAUGAAAUUCUGGAGGUGAAUGGGAGAAACUCCAUGAAUUUCUAAGGGAAUUCAGAAACAAGGUUUAUCAUUAUAUUUGUGGAUGUAAUUUUUUUGUGUUAAAAACCAUGGGGAAGCAAAAGAAGAAACAUGCUGGAUGCAAUUUCCAUGGUUCUAGCAAGAAAAAAACAUGUCCCAACAGCCCGAAAGCGUAUGACAGGGACACAACGGCCGCCCUUUCGCUGUCCCAGGAACUGAAAGAGGAAGGGAAUAGGUUGUUCCAGACAAGGGAUUAUGAGGAGGCAAUGUUAAUGUAUGAGAGGGCGAUACAGUUGCUUCCCGCGAACAACGAGGACAUUUCCUACCUCAGGAGUAACCUUGCAGCUUGUUACAUGCAGUUUGGGGAGAGCGGGUACGCGCGGGCGAUCCACGAGUGCAAUCUGGCUCUUGAGGUUAACCCCAAGUGCACUAAGGCACUUCUGAAGAGGUCCAGGUGUUAUGAGGCUUUGGUUAGGCUGGAUUUGGCUCUUCGAGAUGCGAAGCGGGUUUUGGAGAUGGAGCCCAAUAACUUCAUGGCAGCUGAGAUUGCUGAGAGAGUGGAAGAAACGAUUGAGGAGAACGGUGGGGGGUUUGACAUUCCUGUUGAUUUGAUUCCCGUGCCCGAGUAUGUAGAACCGCGGGUUUUCUCGGCUUCAAAGAAGGGGUCAAAGGGUAAGGCAAGGAAAAAGAAGGCUGUUGAUGGAAUGAGUGAUGAACCAAAGCAUGGGAAAGAGAAUAAGGUUGAUGGAAACCAGUUAAAUGUCUCGUUAAAAAGAGGGAGAAAUAAGAAGAAGAAGAAAAAGGCUAAGAACAAGGAAGUUGCGUAUGGAGAUAAUGUGGAGAUGGUGGCUAAUGAGGAAAACAAUGUUGAAGAAGAAAGUGGAAUCGAUGUCAUGAAGGCUAAAAACAGAAAAGAAAAGAAGAUGAAGAAGAAGAAGAACAAGAGAGUUCGUAACAUGAAAGAGAUGGGUAUAUACGACGUUGAAGGAACGAAUGAUGGUGACAUGAGUGAUGAGGAAGAGGCCGUUGAAUACAACCGAUUUGAAAUAUUGAAUGAUGUUGAGCUAAAUCCAGACAAUUUUGAGGGAGUGGUGAUGGAGAACAAUGUGGAAGAUGGGAAAUCUGAAAUCGAAACUAAAGCUGAAAUUGAGGAAUUGAGUGAGGAGAAGAAAUCUCAAGACAAAUUGGUGGUGGAGGAAAUAAUGAGCAAAAACCCCGAAGUGGAGGCCAAAAGGCAAGUGAAACUGAUAUACGGAGAAGACAUUAGAAUUGCCUAUAUUCCUAUUAAUUGUAGCAUUUUGAAAUUGAGGGAGAUCGUAUGCAGCCGCUUUCCAAAUUGCAAGGCCAUCCUAAUUAAGUACAAGGACCAAGAAGGUGACUUGAUCACAAUCACAAGAAAUGAGGAGCUUCGGUGGGCUGAAACAUCAACCCUUGACCAAUGUUCAACCAGGCUGCAUAUUGUUGAUGUUAACCCAGGACAAGAUCCUCUUCUAGAGAUGAUCAAACAACAAGAAGAAGAAGAACAAUAUAAGGUAAUUGAACAUGAAAGCGAAGGAAGAAGUGGGCUGCAGAAUAUGGAGACGUUUGUUAACGAUUGGAUCAUUCACUUUGCUUAUCUGUUCAAGGACUAUGCCGGGUUCGAAUCCGAUUGUUAUUUGGGGUUACACGAAGUUGGUGUGAAGGCGUACUCAGAGGCUAUGGAAGAGACGGUUUCCAGUGAAGAAGCUCAAUACAUUUUCAGCACAGCUGAAGAGAAGUUCCGUGAGCUGGCUUCUCUUGCUCUAUUCAACUGGGGAAAUGUUCACAUGUUCAGGGCAAGGAGAAGGGUUUUCGCAGAGUAUGGGGACGCGAGAGAUGCCCAUGUUUGGGCACAAGAGGAGUACUCAUUGGCUGGAAGAAGAUUUGAAGAAGCACUCAAGAUGAACCCAAAUUUUUAUGAAGUCAUCAUUGCUAUGGGUCAGCUUCAGUUUGAGCAGGCAAAACUUUCAUGGUACUGCGCAACAACCACCGGCGCCGGUCUUGAAUCAUCCCCAUCUUCAGAAGUUCCGUUUCUCUAUAAGAAUGCAGGAAAAAACAUGGAAAGGGGGAUUCAAAUGUGGGAAGAGGCCUUGGUGCAGCAUCUCCUUGAGGUCACUAACCAAUGUGAGACCGAUGAACUUUUGCGGCAAAUGAAGUUGGAAAAUCUGUUUAGUGAAAUAUCUGCAGAGGAAACCGCGGAGCGGGCAGCCAAUAUUAGGUCUCAGGUUAAUCUUUUGUGGGGCACAAUGAUGUACAAGAGAUCGGCAAUGGAGUUCAAACUUGGGCUUCCUUCCUGGCAGGCCAGUUUGGAGGCUGCUGCUGAUAAGUUUGAACUUGCAGGAGCUUCUCCUGAAGACAUUGCUGUUAUGAUAAAGAACCAUUGUUCCAACUCUUUACAAGGAGUGGAUGUCGAUGAGACAGAGCAAGCAUGGAAUGAGAUGUAUGGAGCCAUUAGGUGGCAAAUGGACAUUCCUGCUUUAUAUUUGGACCCAUUGCUUCAAAAAAGAGUUUCCGUAACACGUCAUGCCCCCGAUCUUCCAUGAGCUCUUACUAUGACAUAGACCAGCAACCGCUAGGGCUGCACCAUGAUGGUGUCUGUCUGCUGCGCUUAGUACUAUGUAUUGAUGAAGCUUUAGCACAACAUUUUUGGGGCUAUUCGGCACAUAAACGACGUCAACUUCU